AUGCAAAGCAGUCACAAGUCCAGUUGGUCGAAUUCUCGUCUAAUGCAUAAGAGAUCAUAUUCUCCGGACAAGUCUGCAAAAAAAAACAACAAGGAAUGUCCAGAGAAUAUGAGCCUCUACCGAGCUGAUGAAAAUUCGACUUCAGUGUUUUGCGACUGCAUCGAUAAACAUUUAUAUUUUCUGGAAACUGAUUCUUGUCAUGAGGCUUAUAAACUUGGACCUUGUUCUCCUGGAAAGUACCUACUGCUUCAUCCCGGGGACAAAUUAGCAAAAUGUGAAGUAAAUCCUUGUCACGAAGAUGGUCUCGUUCCCUUCGAAGGAUCCUGUGCUCGUCUUGGAGGACCUUGUGGAACAAAUGAUGAACUUGAAAUGACGUUAAGGAUCAAUAGGUCAGAUUUUGAACCACAUUGUUCUGAGCCAGAA